CACUUCGAGCCGUGCGAUUAAAAAAAAAGUUCUUCAGUGUCAGUUUCUCCAUUCAAAACCCGGGAAGCUUUCAAAGAAGAUCUCAUUCUUUUUACUUCAAGUGUCGAGAUUUUUCAUAGUUUCAAGGAAAGAAGAAUCUGAUUGUAGCUGAUUGAAUAUCAGUUGUUCAUCAGAGGAGUUGUUUAUAAAUCAGUUUUGGAAGACGGAAGCUGAUCCAUCAUCCAGAAAGCUGACAAAGGCUGAUUGGAGAUUAGUCGUUCAUCAGAGGAGUUGUUUGCAAAUCAGUUUUUGAAGACAUCAUCUGAUACAUUAUCAAGAAAGCUGAAAAAGGCUGAUUGAAGAUCAGUGGUUCAUUAGAGGAGUUGGCAAAUCAGUGGUGGAGAACGAAAUCCGACCCAUCAUCCAGAAAGCUGGGAAAAGCUGACUGAAGAUCAGUUGUUUUCGAGUUAAGCCGAAAAACUGAUCUAAGAUCAGCUCCUUGCCAGGAAACCUAAUUAAUUCUGUUUGAGGGUCAGUUGUUUCGAAGAAGCUGUUUUUGUAGACGAAAAAUCAGCUUUUCUUGGUCAGUGGUUUGCACAUGUCUCAGACGAUCGAGGAAGAAAUGAAGGCCAACAAAGCAGCGACCAAAAUCCAGGCAGGAUUCAGAGGAUACAGAGUUCGAAAGCAGCUGAAAGAAUUUAAGAGAGCAAACAGCGAUAGUGAAAUUGAUGAUCCGUCAAGUCCUCCUUCGUUGAAGAGAGGAGAUUCCAGGACAUCUUUGGAGGAAAAAUCAGCCACGAAAAUCCAAGCUGGAAUUCGUGGGUUUUUGGUGAGGAAAAGACACCAACAGGAACAGCAGGCUGCUACCAGAAUUCAGGCUGGAUUCCGAGGAUUCAGGACGAGGAAGGCCCUGAAGCAAAAGGGACAGUGACUUUUUGGAUUAAAAAUUCAAGGGGAGGUGAUGAGAGAGACUAAAAAGGACUCUUCUGAUAGGAUUAGUUACGUUUUAUUAUGGACUGAUUUUCCAUGGAGACUUGCUGAGGUUUUUUCACUGGAUUUAUGAAGGAGGACAUUUCUGAAUUCUGAAAAUAGCCUCUUGAAGGGAAGCACGUAGAUCCGCAUUGAGGCUGAUGGCAUUGGCCCAGUUAGAGUGCAUUGGGCAAGCCAUCAUCCUCUGGCUACCAGAUGUUUUUCAUUUUAAAAAAUCAACUUUAAGGGACCAUGGCAAGUCAAUCUUCGCCUACGAUGCGUGGCGGAAGCUUGGACCGACUUUGGAUGUCUUAUUCAAUCUCCUUCUCAGAUUUUUUUAUUAAUUUAUUAAUUUUCCAUUUAAUUAUUAAUUAUGCAAUCACAUCCUAAAGCAUCGAGCCUAUCGAACAAAACAAUUUUUGUAAACCUUUUUCAUUAGGGAGAGUUUAAAUAUUACGUAACAUUAAAAAAAAACGGGGGUGUUGUUUCAUUACGGUCUGUUAUGGGCGGGGGGAGGGGGUUGACUCGACUGCGUAACA